CAUCCGUGUCCAUUUUGGCUGGGUGUGUUAUUCGUCGGAUGAAAGUUGUGGGCGGAGGGGCGACGUCGAGGUGCAAAGAGGCUACUGAGCCGGGGACUUGAGUUGCGUGCCAGCGGGUUGCUGUGUCACAUGACUCUUUGCCAGGGAUCCGGCGACUGGGCGCCACGUCAUGCUUUGAACCUUCCCACUCACAUUUCGCACUUACUGCGCAACCUCCUCCUCGCUCAGAGCACCAUCCUCUCGCAAUCGACAUCUUCCAUUGUCUCGACCUCCACUACCAGCACAAGCUCCUCUGCCUCGUCUUCAUCCUUGUCCACCGGCACCGCCUCCGCAGGCUCGCUCUCCCGCUCGGGUCUCUCCACCUGCACCAUCGUCAUCACCGCUGUCUCCUCCGCUGCGGCGGUCCUCCUCCUGCUCGUGCUCGCGAUCUUCCUCCUCUACUGCGCGCGCAACCGGCAGUUCCGCACGGACUCCGACUCUGAGUCCAUCGCGUUCACGUCAAGGCUCACCCGCCAGAUCAGCACGCCCUCUAUCAUCGUCGUCCCGUUCGAGGUCGUGCCCUCCGCCGCCAGUGUGUCCAUGUACGCCCUGCCGGGGAGCGCGAUGGCCGCGGCGUUCAGCAGGCCGGGUGCGUCGGGGAGCGUCAGGCGACGGUCGUAUCAGACUGGCCUGGCCACACCAGGGAUGACCGCGGGGUCGGCACCGAGGGACGACAACACGAGCUCAACUUCGUCGGUGCCGACGUGGUUUUGCAACCCAUACGAAGGGCCCAGGGACUACAGGGACUGGUCGCCAGCGCGGAGUGUUCAGGUAACAACGGAUGGCGGCGAGCUCAUUGUGGUCGAACACAGGUAUGUCCCGUCAAGGCCCUUGGCUUUGGCGGCAAUUGCUGGUCAUCCACGCCGGUGAACUGGCCGAGCGGCGGAGAGGUGCGCUGACCAUCUCGUAUCUGCGACACGUGUGCAUGAGUACUGAUGCGGGGCGGGCAGAUCGACACGUUCGAGGGUGUGAACCAGGUGACGAUGGACCGGAUGGCACUGCGCACGGGCGACGGGCGUAUGCACUUGGCGAACGUGCUCCAGAUGAGCACGCUCAUUGACUCGACUGACUGCUCGACGGCCACGAACCAGAACGAGGGCUGCAUGGUCACGACGCCAACGAAGAGCUCAUAUAGUGAGGGCUUUGCGGCGUGUGGACGUGGUAUUUGUGAGGGUCAUGGUUGGAAGAUAUGCAGCAUGUAUAUACCUAUUACUGUAGAUACUGUACAUAAUCGUCAAUGUCAUUAUCUUACCCGUGA